CACAGAGUUGGAUUCAAACUGGAACUGGUUCCAGCUGAGGUGUAUGCAAGUAGGCAGCAAUGCCAAUGCGACCGCUUUCUUCCGCCAGCAUGGCUGCACUACCACAGAUGCCAACGCUAAGUAUAACAGUCGAGCUGCCCAGAUGUACAGGGAGAAGAUUCGGCAGUUGGCAAGUGCUGCCAUGGCCAAGUAUGGCACUGAUCUGCUUAUAGAUGGACUGAGUGGAGCCCCUGGGCACUCCCCUGACAAGAGCGAUGCUGAUUUUUUCAUGGAGCAUACACAGUCUUCCAGUACUUGGGAUGUAGCAGAUGCAAGCCAGAGUCCUGGACAGUCUUCCCCGGAGGUGGAAAAAGCAGUAAAGUCGUCAGAAGGCAGUGAAGUGUCAAAUUCCAGCCAGGGCCCCUCGAUUAACUUGUUGAGCACAUCUCCGAAAGCUCCCCUAGAACUUAAGUCCUCCCUCAUUGGAAAGAAGAAACCAGGAGCUGCCAAGAAAGGGUUGGGUGCAAAAAAAGGUCUUGGAGCUCAGAAAGUGAGCAGCCAGAGCUUCACUGAGAUUGAGCGGCAAGCCCAGGUGGCAGAGCAGCUGAGGGAGCAGCAGGCGAUGGAGUCCAGGAAACAAGCUGAGGAGUCCAUAGUCACCUCAAUGCGACUGGCUUACCAGGAGCUGCAGCUAGAUAGGAAGAAGGAAGAGAAGAAACUUCAGAACCUUGAAGGGAAGAAGCGUGAACAAGCAGAGAGGCUGGGCAUGGGCUUGGUGUCCAGAAGUUCUGUUUCACAUUCGGUGAUGUCUGAGAUGCAAGUAAUUGAGCAGGAGACGCCGCUGGCUGCCAAGUCUUCCCGAUCCCAACUGGACUUGUUCGAAGAUGCUGGAAGCUUUGCAUCUGGACCCCCCAAGUACAAAUACAGUCCCUUCUCAUUUGAAGAUGCGUUUGGCUCACGAUGGGAAACGGACUCUUCAUGGGGUAUGGACAAAGAGGAGGAACCUGAGGUGACCAUUUCCAGUAUUCGGCCAGUUUCAGAGAGACCGACUAGUAGGCGGGAGACAGAGAACAGGACAUCCGUUGUGGAAUCCAGUGAAGCUCGGCAGAAGUUUGCAGGGGCUAAAGCUAUCUCUUCAGAUAUGUUCUUUGGGCGGGAGGCAGACACUGAGUACGAAGCCAGAUCCCGACUGCAGCAGCUGUCGGGCAGCAGUGCCAUUAGCUCUGCAGACCUGUUUGGAGAGGCUGAGAAUAUGCACUCAGGCGGUGUGUCGAUUGGAAAUGUCCUGCCUGCAGCCGACAUUGCACAGUUCAAGCAAGGAGUGAAAUCAGUAGCUGGCAAGAUGGCUGUCCUAGCCAAUGGAGUGAUGAACUCCCUCCAGGAUCGUUAUGGCUCAUAUUGAUGACCCAGGGACUGCAACGCAAAAGGGAAGCCAGCAAGAGACACUGAUGCCACCUUUGCCUGCAGGAUUGUCUUAGUUUGUGUUGGGUGGGUGGGGAGGGAAUAAAGUAAGCAGAGCAGCUCAGGACAUGGCUCUGUCCAGGAUGCUUUCCAAAUAUUUCUGGAUUUUACUCUAUUAAAAUUCAAUGUGACCUCAUAUCCACUGCUAUCUACUAGCCAGUGGUGAUGG